UGUACAUCUCCCUAUGAAGGAGAAAUGAGCCAAACGUCGCAGUUUCAUUGAAGUAAAACAUCGUUUCGUGUGGAUUUAGUUGCUUUUGGCCGCAGGUGAGAAUCACUCUUCACAGAAACCUUGAUAUUGUGCAGUAAGUCUUUGGUUUUAAAGCUUUAAUUAUGAUAAAUGUACAUUUCAACAUAUCCAGCAGGUAUAAAUGCAGAGUUUAAAUCUCAAUAUUGUAUUAUCUUGCACUGUCUUCUCUAUAUUACAGCUGUUUAAUUUGAAUUAAGACAGUUCUAUAGGUUUUACCUUGACAGUGGCCUGGUGACUGAUUUUAAUUCAGCAUUAUUGCAAGAAUUCAAGUGAUCUUUCCAGAAAUGUAACUCAUGAACAGUAAUCUGUAGUAGAUGUCUUCACUGGACGUGGUUUGUGUUGUUUGUCACUGUUUAUGUAUAUAUCUUUGCUUAUAUCUGAUGAUGAAUUUUUUUUUGUGUGAAGUCGUGAUUUCAAAUCAAAAAAUAAUGAAAGAAAGGGAUUCUUCACUGGAUAUAUGACUUGUUUUCCUGCUUUCACUAGUCUGCUGGAAUAAGAAACCCGCAGGAUUUCUAAAGUGUUGAGCAAAACGAAUUAAAUCAAUAAUGAAAAGCAGUUAUUUAGGAACACAAGUGACUCUUCUUCAGCCUUAUGACAACAAAUAAUUAAAAAGCCAGUAUUUUAGGACUGUUUGUUGCACAGCUACUGCAUGACAGCGCGCUCUGCUGCGGACGUGGAGCUGUUGACUCGUCCUGUUUUCCAGGUUUGUCUGGUUUCGGCGUGAGCUGAAGACUCCUCCCUCGACAUGUCUCUGCGCCUGUCGCACACGGUGCUGCUGCUGCUGCUGCUGCUGCGGACAGCAGAGGGAGGUCACAACAGGUCAGAGGUCGUGACCGGCGCCUGGAACGCCAGCGUCCAGGAGAGCAGCAGCCACAUGGUGGUGAAGGAGGGCUCCAGUGCGCUCAUCCAGUGCAACGUGACCGGGGUGCAUGGAGAUGUGAAGUGGUUCAACUCCAGAGGAGCGCUGCUGGACGAAGAGGCAGGUGAGAAGUGGCAGAUUCCAGAGAAAGGCAUCCUGAACAUCACGGCCGUCUCCUUCGAGGACCGCGGCCGCUACACCUGUGUGGCGUCCAGCGGCGCCGGCGUCACCACCAACUACACCGUGACUCUGCGGGUGGCGUACACGGACAGCGGGCUGGGCCUGUACUUCGUCAUCGUGUGCCUGGCGGCCUUCGCCGUCACCAUGGUCCUGAACGUGGCGCGGCUGUGCAUGGUCAGCAGCCACCUGAAGGAGACCGAGCGCGCCAUCAACGACUUCUUCCGCACCGAGGGCGCCGAGAAGCUGCAGAAGGCCUUCGAGGUCGCCAAGCGGAUCCCCAUCGUCACCUCGGCCAAGACGCUGGAGCUCGCCAAGGUCACGCAGUUCAAGACGCUGGAGUUUGCCCGCCACGUGGAGGAGCUGGCGCGCAGCGUGCCGCUGCCGCCGCUCAUCCUCAACUGCCGCAUGUUCGCAGAGGAGACGGCAGAGCGGCCCAACCCACCGGGCGACGCGGCGGCGAGCGGGCAGGGCGCCGGCUCGCCGAGCGCCGGCCGCAGGGCGGAGGAACAGGGUCUGCUGGCGGGAGGAAAGCGCGGCGGCGCCGGCGGCGUCGGCGGCGUCGACGUCACGGUGUCGGUCCACACGGUUUCUGAGACGGUUCUCGGCGAGGGAGACGUGGACCUGGGCGAUCCAGGGCCCCGGUCACAUGACGCCACGACGGGUCCCUGUGAGGCCGCAACGCCGGGGGCGGGACACGGCCCCUGAAGGUGCAAGUUUUGGAAAACUUUUUUGGAAAAAUGAAAAAAAAAAAAACCCUUUGAAAACAAUCCCC